AAACAUGGCAAUAAAUGAGGGGUGGAAAGGAGGCAGAGAGUAAAGCGGGUGUAAGUCUAAAAGACAUGAAGUCAAAUAUGAGGCAGUUCCAUGUGCUCACAUGGUUGACGAUACUCUGAAAUUGGAGAGAGAGAAAGAGAAACCCCAGCUUAUUCAUUCAACCCCAAUCCAACCAAAUCAAUUCAUUUCAAUUCUCUAAAUUUUUCCAAUUAUUAUACACCCUUUCUUUUUUCCCAUCAUUUUCCAUUCAAUUACCUUUUUAAUCUAUCUUUCUAAUUUUCAAACACUAAUUCCAAAAAUCAGAGCUUUCCCAGAAAUACCCAAAUCACCAGAAAAAGCUUCAAACUUUGUCAAUUUUCUCUCUUUUUUUUAAUACCCUUUUCUCCAAUUUUCCAUCUUUUUGAGCUUGAAUUGUAAAAAAAAAGAUGAAGGAAGGUGGAGAUGGUGGGUUUGUGAGAGCAGAUCAGAUUGAUCUGAAGAGCUUAGAUGAACAGCUUGAAAGGCAUCUUAGCAGAGCAUUAACUAUGGAAAAAAGCAAGAAAAAAGAUGAUUUGGGUGAUAAUAAUCAUCAAACUAGUAGUGAUGCUAAACCUGAGUGGGAGAUCGACGCUUCUAAACUCAUCAUCAAGGCUGUCAUUGCACGUGGCACUUUUGGGACCGUUCAUCGUGGGAUUUACGACAGUUUAGAUGUCGCCGUCAAGUUGCUUGACUGGGGUGAAGAAGGCCAGAGAACAGCAGCUGAGAUAGCUUCACUCAGGGCAGCCUUUACACAAGAAGUUGCAGUGUGGCAUAAGCUUAACCAUCCGAAUGUGACUAAGUUUAUUGGGGCAAAGAUGGGUGCAUCAGGACUGCAAAUACAAACAGAAAGUGGUCUAAUCAGCAUGCCAACUAAUAUCUGCUGUGUUGUUGUGGAAUAUCUUCCUGGGGGUGCCCUGAAGAAUUACCUCAUAAAGAACCGAAGAAAGAAGCUAGCUUUUAAGGUUGUCCACCAGUUGGCGCUUGAUCUAGCUAGAGGGUUGAGCUAUCUCCACUCUGAAAAGAUUGUUCAUAGAGAUGUAAAGACAGAGAACAUGCUACUAGAUAAAUCAAGGACUCUGAAAAUAGCAGAUUUUGGUGUAGCUCGGGUUGAGGCUUCAAACCCGAGUGAUAUGACUGGAGAAACAGGAACGCUUGGUUAUAUGGCCCCUGAGGUUCUAAAUGGGGAUCCAUAUAACAGAAAAUGUGAUGUGUAUAGCUUUGGCAUCUGUUUGUGGGAAAUAUAUUGCUGCGACAUGCCUUAUCCGGACCUCAGUUUUUCAGAGGUGACUUCUGCAGUGGUUCGCCAGAAUCUAAGGCCAGAAAUUCCUAGAUGUUGCCCUAGUGCAUUGGCUAAUGUAAUGAAGAAAUGUUGGGAUGCUAAUCCCGAUAGGCGCCCCGAAAUGGACGAAGUAGUUUCCUUGUUGGAGGCGAUUGACACAUCGAAAGGUGGGGGAAUGAUCCCUGUUGAUCAGCAGCAAAGUUGUUUCUGCUUCCAAAGACGUCGAGGACCUUAGACGAUGGUGGCUUUUAGAACUUUUCGAAGCAACCAGACUAUAAUGUCUGGAUUAUUGAUUAUUGCUUUGGCUUUUGCGGGAGAUACCAUCCAACUUGUAAUUAUGGUGAAAAAGUAAAGGUAAUUGUGAGCAUUUACAAAUGGGAAAAACAUUCUACUUAUUGGUUGUUCCAAUUUAAAAGUCUGCAUUAGUUGUAGCCAGACUUGUAAAUCAAUUUCUCCAAUUUCCAGUUGUCACUCAUUUUCCUCUUUUUUACAGUUGCAUAUAAUUACAA